ACUUACGCCACUGAGUAGUGCUGAGAGUUGUAGUUGCAGUGUAGCUGUAUGACCACUGGUUACUCACUGUAUUAACUUGUUUCUUUCCAGGGAGGAUUAAGAUCACACUAGUUAUUAUGAGUGGAGCUGCCAUACUCCAUCCCUCCUCUCACUCAUCUCUUUUCUCAUUGUUGCAAAGUUUCUUGUCUAAAGCUACAAAUUAUUCUGAGCCUGAUACUCACCCUAUUCAGGAACUGAGAGGGUUAACUCCCAGGAGUACAAAGUGCUGUUUGUCUUUGAUAAAAGGGAACUUUCAGUUUCGUUUCUUGUUCAGUUGCUGUUCCUGCUCUCAGUGAUGGCGUCGGCUGCUGAUCUGAGAGACGAGCUGAGCUGCUCCAUCUGCCUGAGCAUUUAUACUGAUCCUGUAUCCCUGCCGUGUUCCCAUAACUUCUGCCGGGACUGUAUUGGGACAACAUGGGACACCCAGGAGGGAUCUGGGGCUUAUUCCUGCCCUGAAUGCAGACAGGAGUUUAAGGAGCGCCCUGCCCUGCCCAGGAACAGAACUCUGAGGAACAUAGCAGAGCGAUUCCUUUCUGCUCAGCCCGAGCCGGGGGACACUGGGAUUCCCUGCACCUACUGUGACUCCCAUGUACCUGCUGAUAAAUCCUGUCUCCUGUGUGAGGCUUCUCUGUGUGAGACCCACCUGAAGGUGCACAGCAAGUCAGCGAAACACGUCUUAAUAGAACCCACAAUGCACCUGGGGGACAAGAAAUGCUCAGUCCAUGAUGAACCCCUGGAAUAUUACUGCUGGGAGGAGUCUGUCUGUGUCUGUGUGUCCUGCUGUCUGGCCGGAGAGCACAGGGGCCACAGGGUGGAGCUGCUGAGUGAGGCCUCUGAGAAGAAGAAAGAGACACUGAGGAAAGUUGUGGAGAAACUGAGGCCAGAGAGAGAGGAGACUGAGAGAGUAGCCCAGAGACUGCAGGAGCGCAGGAGAGAAGUGGCAGAAAAAGCAGCCGGUGAGACAGAGAGAGUCACUGCCCUGUUUAGAGACAUCAGGGAACAGCUGGAAGCCCUAGAGAAGCGACUCCUGAGUGACAUCUCCAGCCAGAAACAGGAGCUUUCCCUCCCACUCACUGAUCUGAUCCACCUGCUGGAAAUAAAGAAGGACGAGCUGUCCAGGAAGAUCCGUCACAUUGAGGAGCUGUGCAACAUGGCAGAUCCACUCACUGUCCUACAGGAACGGGAAUCACAUGGAGCUGCAGAUAAUGAGGGGGGCAGAGAGAGAGAGGAUUCAAUUUUCUCAUUUUUCACUGCUUUUCUGCCUCGGGGAAAGAACACACAGAUGAAUAGAGACAGGUUACAAGAGAGACAUUAUAUAAGGGUCCUUGUUGUAGGGGAUCUGUAUGUGGAUCUGAUCUCAGAGACAUUACUCACAGGCUUAGCUGCCAUUGUGACUGAGGGAAAGGAAAGGUGGAUCUAUGGGCAGGAGGCUACAGACCUGUUACUGGAUAUAAACACGGCUCAUAAUCUUGUAUCUGUAUCAGGGGACAGGAAAUCUGCUUCCUUCUCACUAACAGAACUACAUUACCCACAAUCCCCAGAGAGAUUUCAGAAUUAUCCUCAGACUUUAAGCAGCAGGAGUUUCCCCUCAGGGCGACAUUACUGGGAAGUGGAGGUCAGUGAAUCAGGGGGCUGGUGGGUAGGGGUGGCCUAUCCCAGUAUAGAGAGGAGAGGGGGUCAGUCCUGGAUUGGGGAUAAUAACAAGUCCUGGUGUUUGCGCAGAUGGAAUAACAGAUAUUCAGUGGGACAUGACAGAAAGGGCACAAAUUUACCCCACGUCCCUUCCUGCAGGAGAAUCAGGAUCUCAUUGGACUAUGAGGCCGGACGUCUGUCCUUUUAUGAGCUGAGUGAGCCAAUCAGACACUUACACACCUUCACUGCCACAUUCACUGAGCCCCUCCAUGCUGCAUUCUGGGUGAGGGGGGAAGGUGACUGGGUGAGAAUCAUUAGAGAUAGAAAAAAAGGAGAAGAAGUACUGACACUAGAGACAGACAGACAGACAGAUAAGAGACAUAGAGAAGUUCUACCUAAAGACUCGGAUGCAGGAGGAGGAUGUUGUGUCUCAUAAUCCAC